AUGGGGUCUCAACGAGAAACAACCCCGACGCCGCCGAGCGUCGAAGGAAAAGCACCCUCCAACGAUCCCGAACUUGGGCAAGAAGAAAAGUCCCAAAGUGGCGACCUGACGAAACCUGAAUUCGACCCUCCCCCUGACGGCGGCCUCCAGGCCUGGCUUGUGACAGUCGGCGCAGCUUGCAUUACAUUCUCGGCCUUAGGUUUCGUCAACGCCUUCGGCGUUUUCGAAGAAUAUUAUCUAUCACAUCAAUUGACAGACAAGUCACCGGACGACAUAGCCUGGAUCGGAUCAAUAGCAGCCUUCCUCCAGUUCGCCGUGGGUGCGGUUGCUGGGCCAAUCUUUGAUCGGUACGGCAUCUGGAUCCUCCGCCCAGCCAUACUGACGUUUGUGUUUGCCUUGAUGAUGGUCAGCAUCUGUAAGGAGUACUGGCAAUUCAUGCUGGCUCAAGGCGUCCUACUGGGGCUGGCCUUGGGGCUGUUGACUUUCCCACCAUUGGGAGCGCUCUCUCAGUACUUCGACAAAAAGCGAGGCGCUGCAUUCGGCCUGGCAAUAUCAGGGUCGUCUAUUGGAGGGAUUGUCUUUCCGAUCGCCCUGUCCAAGAUGCUAAACGAUUCCUCUCUGGGAUUCGGGUGGUCGGUGCGCAUCAUGGGAUUCGUGCUGCUGCCGUUGAUGGCAUUUGCUUGCAUAAUUGUCAAACCCCGCCUGCCGCCUCGGGCUACGACCUUCUUCAUCUGGAGAGCUUUUACUCAAGCGAAUUUUGUGCUGCUGAUUGGAGCCCUCUUCUUCAUGUUCAUCGGGAUGUGGACGCCACUCUUCUACCUCCCAUCAUAUGCAGUCUCUAGAGGCAUGGACCCCACUCUGGCUUCGUAUCUCCUCGCAAUCCUUAAUGGAGCUUCAACAUUUGGUCGAAUUGUUCCCGGCAUACUCGCAGACAAAUUCGGAAGGUUGAACAUAUUUGCAGCAGGUGGCCUCUCGACAGGUAUCUUGAUCUUCUGCCUAACAAAGGCCGAUAGCACCGCGGGGUUGGUGGUAUAUGCGAUUUUCUUUGGCUUUGCCUCGGGAACUAUCAUUUCGGGGGCCACGGCAGCUUUCACUCUUUGCACCACCAAUCCUCAGGAGGCAGGCACAUUCAUGGGUCAGGGUCUGGCCAUAGGAUCACUUGCAUCUUUGAUCGGUCCUCCAGUCAAUGGUGCCCUUGUCCAGCACUACGGAGGAUAUUGGGAGGUAUCAGUCUUCAGUGGGACCAUGUGUCUGGUGGGUGGUUGUAUUGCAUUUGCCAGUAAGGCUGCAACUGCAAAAGGACUCAGAGGUAGGGUGUGA